AUGGCUUUCCGCAACACCACCGAGCAUUCCUACAACCUGUCAGUUGUUACGCUGCGGAAUGGUGAAUUCGUGGGGGGGCUGAGGCACACCACCUCUUAUCGCAAAAUAUCGGGCCCAGGCAUCAACACCCAUCGUCCCACUGCGCUGGGACUGUUCGGCAGUUUGACUGGAUGGUUCUCCAACGCAAUCGGCAGUCGGUGGUACGUGCCCCCGAUGCCUACGGGCAAGUUUGCGUCCACUAUUCUGCGCAAACACGGUCGGCUGCAGACAGAACAGGAAACAAAAGACUUCUUCGACCUGAUCGGAGCGCAUCCCGACUCAGAUUUGGUGGAGAUAGGUCAGGCGUACGAGCAUGCCGUUGAAACCCUUCCGGAGGACAUGCGUGAGGUGCUGAAGCGAAGUUUCCACGAGUUCCUCCGGAAGCAGUUCGUGGAAGCCUUCGAGCACAUGGAGUCGUUCAUAAAGCGUGGACCAGUCGCCUGGGAGGAGUACUGGGACCCUUCAAAGGACGCAUACGGCAAUCCGGUCGUCAGCAAGUUCGCCACACCCGAAGAGGAGGACGAAGCCAUGGCCGCCUCCAUGCCUCCAGAGUUUGACGUGUCUAAGUUCCGCGAAUACUGGCGCAAGAACAGUUCGCAAUUCAACACUAUGAUGAACAAGGUGGACAUGGCGUCACGGGUUCGCCUUACCAGCGACUUUGGAGGGAGGCUACUGAAGUGCACUACUACGAUGAUCCCGGUGAUGAUCAUGGGGCUGUUCCCGCAGUUUUCGUCAAUGUCCGUCGCAGUGCAGGGCCUGCUUGCGUCGGGGUUCAUAUUCAAGGGCGAUCGUGCUGUCAUUCUCGAGAGAGAAAAGAAAAGCCUGGAACCAGGCCUUGCAGCAGCCCCGCCGGCAAGAUCGCCCUCAUCGCGGACGCUGCUGACGUCGGCGGUUCUCUGUGUCCACAGUCUGCUGGGUAUAGGUGCUGCCAAGCUCAUGGAGCACUACACUUCGGUUCUGGACCACUUGACUCCCCAGAUCCUGAAAGUUGCAAGCAUAAACUUCCAGUUCCUUAUCGCAGCCUUGUUGUGGGAUACCAGCGACCUCACACCAUCCGGCCACGCCAAGCGCGAAGAGCGCCGCAUGUCCAAAAUAACGGACACACUGGGAGACAUUGUGGAAUAA